AUGUCUGCCCAACCGGCACUGCGUCGCACGGAGGCCAAGGCCUUCUUCGCCAAUGAGCGUACGUUUCUGCAUUGGAUGAACAUGGCGGUGACCACAGGCAGCAUCUCCGCAGCCCUCCUCGGCGUGGCGGGGCAUGCGCACAAGCACUGGGGCACAGACCUGACCACCCGCACCAUUGCCAUCCGCCUGCUGGCCCUGCUCAUGAUGGCGGUGUCCAUCGCCAUGGCCCUGUACGCCGCCUACAACUUCAAGCGCCGGGGGGACAUGCUGCAGCGCAAGCUCGACGGGCCCUACGACAGUCGUGUGCUGCCGGUGACGCUCACCGUCGUGCUCAUGACCUUCCUCACCCUGGUCUGGAUAGGCAGCGUCGUGUCCUACACCCACCCCUGA